AUGGCCGCCCUGAUGUACUACGACGGCGACUCGCACGCGCUGGCGCGGGACCUGGCGCGGCAGCUGUCGCACCAGACGCGGCGCGAGCACGCGGAGGAGGUGCAGCACCAGCACCAGCACCACUACUACGACCGGGACCGCGACUGCGGGCGGCCGCGCCGCCACCCCACCCAGUACAUCGUCAACGACGGGCGCAUGACCGUCGACCAGCGCACGCUGCAGCACAGCAACGCCGUCAUCUACAACGGCCCGCACUCGAGCCUGCGCCUGGUGUCCUCCGGCCGCGCCGCCGCCGCCCCGGCCCGCGACCGCGACCGCGACACCGACCACUCCCGCGACUGGUCCACCGCGACCCCCCACACCUGCCACGGCUGCCUCCGCCGCCGCCCCCUCUACUGGACCGAGUACUGCUACGACUGCGCCGCCGCCCCGCUCAGCCGCCGCCUCGGCAGCGUCACAUACCGCCAUGACUUCCAAUGGCGGCAUCUGACUACCGCCCCCGAGAGGCGUCUCGUCGGGUGGCGCUGA